UUUCAGGUUCCCAUUAUAAUAACGGUCGAAAUAAGGAGAGAAGAUACGGAUGGAACCCAACUUACAAGCCAAGCUCAAAGGGAUAGACGCAUUUUGCGGAGAGCGGUAUUGGGAUCCUGCGGUGUGGAAUGCGUCCACCGUGCCCAUCCUCAGUCAGUGCUACCAGCACACAACGCUGGUAUGGUUCCCGACCGCGAUUGUCUUCCUUUUGGCUCCCAUUUUGACGGCACAAAUCUUCUAUCGCCGACCCAACCCGAUCCCGUGGACUAGACGGAUUCAGCUCAAAAUUGGACUGGCGUGCAUCCUGAUUGCGGACUCCCUGUCACUGUUCACCGUUGCCAUCUACGAGACACUGUUCCAAGGAUUUCCGUACGCCGUGGACUUUGUCUAUCCGCUGACGCUUUGCCUGGCAAUGGUUGUUCUCACGGCUCUCAUUGUUUCGUGCCGAAACUAUGGAAUUGUCACAUCGGGAGGCCUCUUCAUCAGCUGGCUUGUGUUCACCAUUUCCGCUAUCCCCGAGCUUCUCUAUUGGAUCCAGCAGAUCGUGAACCCUGCAGAGGCCUGGAAUUGGAUUGACUACCCUCGAUGCAUCGCCUUCUUCAUCUGGUUCUUUUGCUGUGCAUUCGAAACAUAUCUUCACUGCUACGCGGAUGCCUCUCCUGAAGGAUACAAGUACCUGAGCGCUGCCCGUAAUCCAAGUCCAGAAACCACGUCAUCGUUCCUCAACCGAAUCACAAUGUGGUGGUUCAAUUCGCUGUGCAGUCUUGGUGUGAAGAAGCCGUUGGAAGUGAGCGAUCUGUACUCUCUGAACGAAGCGGACACCUCGAACCUUCUGGUUCCUAAGUGGUACAAUUUGUGGGACAAACAAAGCAAGAAGUUCGAAGAGACCGCCGCUCGUCGUCGCAUUGGAUCUAAUGCCAGUCGUACCAACCGUCGCCGUACAUCUUCUAAUGACACCACGCCGUUGCUGAAUGAUCAAUCAACCGACGACUACGGAUCCGUGCCAGCUGGGCAGUCAACUCAGAAGAUGCCAUCUAUUAUUUGGACGCUCUUCCUCAUGUUCAAAUGGGAUGUGAUAACUGCCAUGUUUGUCAAGCUACUCUCCGACGUUCUGCUGUUUUGCAAUCCACUUCUUCUGAAAUCUUUGAUCCGGUUCACCGAGGAACUUGAGCGUCCGAUGUGGCAAGGAGUUGUUCUGGCAUUCACCAUGUUCUUCUCUGCCGAGCUGUCUUCAAUCCUCCUCUCUCAUUACUUCUAUCUGAUGUAUAGAGUUGGAACCAGAGUUCAGACUUGUCUCACUGCUGCCGUCUACCGUAAAACUCUUCGUCUUUCGAAUGCGGCACGUCGUGAAAAAACUGUUGGUGAAAUUGUCAACUUGAUGGCAAUUGAUGUGGAUCGCUUCCAACAGAUUACGCCCCAAACGAUGCAAUAUUGGUCAAAUCCGUUUCAGAUUGGACUUGCCCUUUUCCUUUUGUUUCAACAACUAGGAGUCUCUGUGUUCAGUGGAGUUGCUGUGAUGGUUCUUCUCUUUCCAAUCAACUUCGUCAUUACCAUGAUCAUUCGAAAAUGGCAGAUUGCUCAGAUGUACUAUAAGGAUGAGCGGACAAAGAUGGUUAAUGAGGUGCUCAAUGGAAUCAAGGUGAUCAAAUUGUAUGCCUGGGAGCCACCAAUGGAGCAGGUCAUUGAGGAUCUGAGAGAACAAGAAUUGGGACUCAUCAAGAAGGCUGCAUUCUUGCGCACCUUUUCAGAUAUGCUCAACACAGCUUCACCAUUCCUUGUUGCUCUUUCCACGUUUGCCACUUUCAUCUACAUCGAUCCAAAGAAUGUGCUCACUCCAGAAAUUGCAUUCGUUUCGCUCACACUCUUCAAUCAGCUACGAUCACCGAUGUCACAAGUUGCCGAACUCAUCACCCAAACAGUUCAAGUGGUCGUUUCGAACAGAAGACUGAAGGAGUUCCUGGUGUCUGAAGAACUCAAUGUGGAAGCGAUUGAUCACAGAGCUCGUGAUAAUAACGACGUGAUUUGCCUCAAGGAAGCUUGCUUGUCCUGGGAGUCUGCUGAACAUCAACCUGUGCCAACACUCACCAACAUCAGUUUUUCUGUGAACAGAGGUCAAUUGGUUACCAUUGUCGGACGUGUCGGUGCUGGAAAAAGUUCAAUGCUCCAAGCAUUGAUGGGAGAAAUGGAGAAGCUCAGUGGAAGCAUUUCAAUGCAUGGACGUCUUUGUUAUGUGCCACAGCAACCUUGGAUGCAGAAUAAUACGCUUCGUCAGAACAUCACCUUUGGAAAGCAGUUUGAUGAAUACUUCUACUCUCGUGUUCUUGAUGCUUGUGCCCUUUACCGAGAUCUUCAGAUUCUUCCACUUGGAGAUAAUACUGAGAUUGGAGAGAAAGGAAUCAACUUGUCUGGAGGUCAGAAAGCCCGUAUAUCACUUGCCCGUGCCGUGUACCAGAAUCAUGACAUCUACCUUUUGGACGACCCAAUGAGUGCAGUGGAUGCGCACGUUGGAAGUCAGCUGUUUGGCUCUGUGAUUGGACCGGAAGGAAUGCUCCGCAACAAAACUCGGAUUUUGGUUACCAAUGAGCUCUCUUUUCUGGAAAAAUCCGAUUUAAUUAUUGUAAUGAACGAAGGAAAGAUUGAAUACUCUGGAAAGUAUGAUGACCUAAUGCAGCAAGGGGCAUUUGAGCAGCUUUUGAUUGAAUGCGAGAAGGAAGAACGCGAGAGACGUGAAGCCGAGGCAUCAGCGGAUGAGGAUGACGAGAAUUCGGAACCGGGAGGAAUAAUGAUUGGUGGAGAUUCGGACUUUGAGUACGAUGACGACGUUAUGGCUUCUCCAAUCAUUGACCAUGUUCUCGGUACCAGUCACAUGUCUACUGUCUCUGGAAUUAUCAAUCGUCGCCGCAUCAGCACCUCUACCCACAAGCAACGGCGUCGUCUGUCAACUACCAAAUCACACACACACUCCAUCACAUCGGCGUCUACUCAAACUCGUCAAUUGACUGGAACGGAGAGAGUUGAGACUGGAAGAGUGAAGAUGGAUACAUAUUACAAGUACUUUGGUGCAAUGGGAAUGUCUAUCGCUGUGCUUUUUGUUCUUGGAAUGACUACCAGUACCAUUUUCUCCAUGGGAAGAAAUCUAUGGCUCACUGAUUGGUCCAACGACAAUGCUGCUCGUUCAGGAUCCAACACAACUGGCCAGCCAAUUGCUAUUCGUCUAGGUGUCUACGCUGGUCUUGGAUUCUCAGAAAUUAUUCUGCUCUUCAUUGGAAUGCUCUCACUUCUCUACGGUGGAGUCUCUGCGUCAAGGAACUUACAUGCCCCUCUGAUGCGCAACUUGUUCCGUGUUCCAAUGGCAUUUUACGACACAACUCCAUUUGGGAGAAUCUUGAAUCGUAUCGGCAAGGAUAUUGAGACUGUCGACGUGCUCCUUCCGUUCAAUGUUCAAUUCUUUGCUCAGUGUCUGCUUCAAGUGGUCUCUACAUUGAUCAUCAUCAUGAUUUCUACUCCUGUUUUCGGAAUUGUGAUUAUUCCUUUGUCUGUGAUGUAUCUCAUGGUCAUGAGAUACUACAUUGCCACCUCGCGUCAGUUGAAACGCUUGGAAUCCAUCACACGAUCACCAAUCUACAGUCACUUGUCGGAAUCUAUUCAAGGAUCUGCUACAAUUCGUGCCUAUCAUCUUGUGGAUCGUUUCUGCAAGUUGUCUGAGACCAAGGUGGACUCCCAUGUUCAAUGCCGUUAUCUCAACUACGUGGCAAACCGUUGGUUGUCUGUGCGACUUGAAUUCAUUGGAAACUGCAUCGUAUUGUUUUCUGCACUGUUUGCUGCUCUUACCAGGACCACUACAACAUCUGGAGUUAUUGGACUCUCCGUGUCAUAUGCUCUGAACAUUACUACCGUUCUCAACUUUGCAGUUCGCCAAAUCACAAAGCUGGAGACGAACAUUGUUUCGGUUGAACGUGUCAAAGAAUAUGCCGAAACCGAAACUGAAGCUGAGUGGAAGUCGGAGCCAGGAAAGGAGCCACCACAAAACUGGCCUUCGGAGGGCAGAAUCGUGAUGAACAAUUACUCAGCUCGUUACCGUCCAGGACUCAACCUGGUUGUCAAGCAGCUUAAUGUUGAGAUUAAGCCUCAUGAGAAGGUUGGAAUUGUUGGACGUACUGGAGCUGGAAAGUCUUCUGUGACUCUCUCACUCUUCCGCAUCAUCGAGGCUGCUGAAGGGCAGAUUGUUGUUGAUGGUAUCAAUUUGGCUGAGAUUGGACUUCAUGAUCUUCGAUCAAACCUUACAAUCAUUCCACAGGACCCAGUGUUGUUCUCAGGAACUUUGCGUUUCAACUUGGAUCCAUUCAAUCACUACUCGGACGGUGAUAUCUGGAAAACCCUUGAGAUGGCUAAUUUGAAGGAGUUUGCAACAGCACACAAUGAGCAGCUCAACUACAUAAUCACGGAAGGUGGAGACAACAUUAGUGUUGGUCAGCGUCAGCUGGUUUGCCUCGCUCGUGCUCUUCUCCGCAAGACUCGUGUUCUUAUUUUGGACGAAGCCACCGCCGCUGUUGAUGUCUCCACUGAUGCUCUUAUCCAGAAGACCAUUCGAGAGGAGUUUGCCAAUGCAACUGUGCUCACUAUUGCUCAUCGCCUCAAUACCAUUAUGGAUUACGACAGAAUCAUCGUGCUCAACGACGGCAAAGUUGGAGAAUUCGACAGUCCUGCCAAUCUUCUCAGCAACAGGAACUCGGAGUUCUACUCAAUGGCCAAACGCGCUGGCCUCAUCUGAGCAACUACUCUGCUCUUUUUUUAUUACACCUUUUUUCAAAACGGUUUUCCUCGAUCCCCAAACGUGCACCCACUGCUAAUUAACCCUUUAAUUGAUAACUCAAUAAGUGUUUAAUUUGUACUAACUUUUCCCCACCACAUCAUAUUAUAUCCCCUUGUAUCAUGGUCCCGUAUUUUAAUAUAAUUUGAUGAAUUUCAUUCUCCACGAAAGAUGAAUUAUUGCAUUUAAUUGUUUGUAUUUAAGUUGAUUUACAAAUUGUUAAAAAUACUCGUAUAAAAAGAUUGUUCUUAAAGUCAA